AUGAGUGAUGAGCAAACUAUUAAAUUAACAAUAAAGUCGUUAUUAGAAGUGGUUCAAACAGGAGCAAAAAAUAUCGAGGUGUCUGUUUUGAAAUCGGGUGAUAGAAUUGAAAAGUUGUCGAUUGAUGAGAUCAAGAAGUAUGUUGACGAGAUUGAAGCCGAAAUUGAAGCUGAAGCGCAAAAGAAGAAGCCAAAGUCUAGAGAUGCGUAG